GAACCAUUCCUCCCGCCCGGGUUGCUUAUUCAACCUUUAUCAGCUCCCAUCUAACUGACUAUUGAAUCUGCCAUACUCUUUCCGUCCACGGUCAUUGGACAUUGUAAAGCCUGAAAGGCAUUUCCCCUUGCGCGAUGAAAGAUUCAAGCGGUAACGAGAUUACAUACACCAACGUGUCCGGCGAAGCAGCUCAAAUGAAGGCCGCGUCAAACUUGUGCUCUGACUGCCGGAAUAUACUCCAAAGGGUUUUGGACCUGAGAGAUGGAGAACCCAAGGGGUCUAAAAGGAAGCGAGACCGAGGCGACAAGCGAGCAACGAGGAUUCUUCCCGAUGUCAGCACCCGCGAAAAUGGGGCAAGAUUCGAAGAUUUGCCAGCUUUCCUUGAGCUGCCCGAAGACAAUUCCAUACCGCACAAGUCAGUCCGCACAGAACUACGUGCAUCCUCUCUGCAGGGCUGUAUCAUGUGCACCUGGCUGCUUCAAUCGUUACACUCUCGAUCAAAGCUGACCAACCAUGGUCUAGCUGAACAAUGGCUGAAGCGCCCUGCCACGAUAGAACUCGACUCGUGGGCUAGCUAUCUCAGCAACCGGUGCAUCAAUCAUUACCGUUUGAACCUCAGAUGCCCCGCACCGCCUCCGUCUACUGAACCUCACCAGAUGGGGGGAGUGAUGACUUUCGAUGUUAACGGGAAACUGGUCCGAGCUUCGGCACCGCAGCCACGGCCGUAUCAGUCUCUGAGAGGUGAUGAGCUCGCAUCUCUUCUCAUUGAUGUGAUGCCUUCGUCUCCAUCAUCCCAGAGUCUAUUGACUGCUCUGAUGGAUCUGGAACAGGAAACGCCCUCUUCGGCAACUUGGAAGCUAUUUGGCAUGUGGUUACGCACUUGUGAGGAGGACCAUCCUGAAUGUAGAGGAGACGCCGCCAACCGAUCACAGCAAGCCCCGGCACGACUCAUCGACAUUCAGUCCGCAGAUCGUAUAUUACUGGUCGAAACGAGCACCCUUGCCGACGAGGAACAGACUCGCCGGCUGAAAUAUGCUACCCUUUCUCAUUGCUGGGGUAAUACUCACGAGCCGCAACUGAACAAAAGUACGGCAAUGACUCUGAGACAAGGACUUUCUCUCCAAGAACUUCCUCGACUAUAUCACGACGCUGUCAUUGUCGCUCGUCAUUUACAGAUUCCCUAUAUAUGGAUUGACUCGCUGUGCAUUGUCCAGGACUCAGUCGAUGACUGGCGCCGCGAGUCAGCAAAGAUGGGAUCUAUUUACGAGGGCUCAUAUUUGUGCAUUGCUGCAUCGGCAGCUAUCGACAACAGUGUUGGCUUCCUCCACAAGCACAGCGCAGACUGGCCACAACCUUUGGUCUACGGAAAUCUCGUCGUAUCUGCGGACAUUGACAUGGCAGAAACAAGCUUGAACAUGACACAGCCGAAAUGGUGCAACAGAAUGCGCACGCUCUCCGAGUGGGCUGUGGAUAGGGCGCCUUUGAACCAGCGCGCGUGGGUUCUUCAAGAGCGUCUAUUUGCUCCACGAAUCCUUCACUGCACUGCUGAUGAGUUUGUCUGGGAGUGUCGGAGAGGGAUGAGGUCGGAAAGCCACCCUGUGAUGACCUGUGGGGGAAGUAUGGUGAAAGAUGUGUGGAAGGAUAUUCAGCAGGCUCCUCCAGACUUGAGGCAACCUUCAACCCUUUCGGAUGCCAGGUUACUGUACCUUGACAGAUGGAGCCAGGUUGUUGGUCUCUUCACUUCACUCGGCAUAACCUUCCCACAAGAUCGACUACCCGCUGUGUCUGCCGUUGCAAGGCAAUUGCAGCCAAUGCUGGGAAACUACGCAGCAGGCUUAUGGGAGAACUUUAUGCCCAGCCAGCUGCUUUGGCGCCAUGUCUGUAUCAUCGAGUGUAAGAAAAAGCACAACUUUCGGCAGAAUCAUAGCCCAUCCUGGUCAUGGUCGUCAUUGGACUGCAAGGCAGUACUGCCGAAAUACAUGGACGAGAAGACCUACAAUUUCCCCUGUGCCGAGAGCCGACCUUUCGACCGCCCGCUAGAUCUCGGCGCGGCCACACAUGUCAAGAUACUAAAGGUCAAUGUCAACCUCAGCGGACACGACGUGACUGGAGAAGUCGAAGGUGGGCGCAUUGAUCUCACCGGGCCACUAUUCCCAAUGUACAGAAGUGCAGCAUUUGGAUAUUCACCGGGAAUGGAGGCUCCGCCUCAGCCUGACGAGAAUUGGAGGAUACGUUGGGACUGGGAUGAUAUAAGCAAGCGUGAAAUUAAGAAACCCGCACCCUUGCUUGAAGACGAGGUCGUGGAUUCAAGCAUACCGUUGUCUGCUAGGCCGCCACCCUUCGCGAGUCGGGAGAAUUACUUCCGCAACCAUCAAAGGCUACUGGCACUCCACUCGCCGGAAUUGACCAACAUGUGCUGCUUGCCAGUUCUUUCAACGAGCGCGCCUACCUCGAGCAGAGGAAAUGGGUUCGUCUAUGGCCUCGUUCUCGAGUUUGCAGGGGGCGAUGUCGGUGUUUAUCGACGUAUUGGCUACUUUAAAUGCUCUGGAACAACGUUUCACAAGCAUACGAAAAAGAAGCCUAACGAGACGGCCCCGCUGACAGAUCAAUGGCCAUCACGACUAGACUACAGUCCGGGAGAAGGAUUUAAGAUCGCUAUUAUAUAGAGACGUGUCGUAUAUCACCACUGGGUUCGUGCGGCUGGGUAUGAGACGCCGCUUAUACUUUGGGGUCUUAGAUUACGGUGUUUCCGAUACUGGGUUUUGUUGCCGGCAUGCAUUAAUAACUGUUUUCUUGUCACCCUUGCUGAGCCAUCAGGGACUUGAAGCCAUUUGUUGAAGCCUUCUAUGUAAGGCUGACAUGUCGUCGCAUAAGAAACGUGCGAUGUGGACAACCAUGUUUACGUGGAAACGAGGUCCCAACGAAUCAGUGCAGCGACGGGUAUCAGUCUGCAUCAUGCCGAUAUAUGGUUGCUCUUCGUGAGCCGUUGGAAGCAGUGCCCAGCUUUCAUGUUUGAUGGUUCGGGUCAACCCACACCAGGCGGACGAGACGUGGGUGGGGUGAUACAGCAAGAGUUUGAGACUAUCACGGCCGGCCUAAACCGGGACAGGAGGUAGGCCACGGUAAAUAGAUACCCGCUGUGGCUCUGAGAGCCACGAGGUGCCAAGACACCGGCCCCUCCAUCAUGCCACGCGGAAUGGGCUCGGGGUUGAGCGGAAAUUGACAGACACACUUUGGUGCCAG